AUAAUCCUUUCCUCCAUUGUCCACCCUAAAAUAAGAAACACAAGGAGAGGAUGGAAGAAGUGAAACCCGCCCGAUUACCAUUUACUGUAGGGUAGAGGAGUUCAUAAAGCAAAAUGAGGGUAAAUAAAAAAAAAUAACAUCAGACAAAACUUGUGCCACUCACCUCAAUAGGUUCAGACACGAUAAAUACAGGCAAGGCACUGGUUGUGUCAAGCAGACUCGUCCAUAGUAAGCGUCUCUCUCUCUUUUCUCGAUUUUCUGUCUCGUUUUCAUCGCUGAACACAAUCGACUCAACUAUGGUCAGAAAAUUCUUCGUCGGCGGCAACUGGAAAUGUAAUGGGACCGCUGAGGAGGUGAAGAAGAUUGUCACCGUGUUAAAUGAAGCUGAGGUUCCAUCUGAGGAUGAUGUCGAGGUUGUUGUGAGCCCUCCAUUUGUGUUUCUUCCUGUGGUAAAAGGUUUAUUGCGACCUGAUUUCCAAGUAGCCGCCCAAAAUUGCUGGGUUCGCAGAGGUGGUGCUUUUACUGGAGAGAUUAGCGCUGAGAUGCUUGUGAAUUUGGGCACUCCCUGGGUGAUUCUUGGCCAUUCUGAACGAAGAUCUCUGUUAAAUGAGUCAAAUGAGUUUGUUGGAGACAAAGUUGCUUAUGCACUUUCUUUAGGCUUGAAAGUGAUUGCAUGUGUCGGUGAGACACUUCAGCAGAGAGAGUCAGGAUCUACAAUGGCUGUUGUGGCUGCACAAACAAAAGCAAUUGCAGCUAAUGUUUCAUAUUGGGACAAUGUUGUUUUGGCCUAUGAGCCAGUUUGGGCCAUCGGUACAGGAAAGGUUGCAACACCUGCUCAGGCUCAAGAAGUCCAUCUUGAAUUGAGGAAAUGGCUCCAUGACAAUGUUGGUGCUGAAGUUGCUGCGUCAACUAGAAUUAUCUAUGGAGGCUCUGUAAAUGGAGCAAACUGCAAAGAGUUGGCAGGACAACCAGAUGUUGAUGGAUUUUUAGUUGGUGGAGCUUCUCUCAAGCCGGAGUUCAUUGAUAUCAUCAAAUCUGCAACAGUGAAGAGUCAACUGUGAAGAAGAUAAAUUGGUAGAACUGUCCUGCUUGGUUUUUCUCCUGCGAUGCCCUUAGUGCAACUAGCAUUUCUGUGUUCUGACCACUCUGGAACAGAUAGAUACCUUCUCCGUUAUGGUUCCAAAACAUGAUAAAUCAAAUCUGUUACCAGAUCGUGGUCUGUACUCCUUAGGAUUUGCAGCGUUAUGUGGUUUUGAUUCUGAUUCUUGUUUUUCUUGGAUUUUUUUGGUUAUGGUUUAAGUUUUAUAUUGAGUUAUUAA